CAAAGAGUUUCCGAGCAGAAUUUUAGUUGAUAACUCCCCGUCGCGUUUUUCGAGUGAUUCAUCUGCAGCUUCCGAAUUCACAAUUGUUCUUUCAUUCGCGCAGUGGUUAGGCGUAGAUUCAGAACAAAAGUGUCCAUUUUCAAUAGCUGCUGCUUGAUCUUAUACGGUUUUAAUUUCAAACCGCUUACACCACCAUGACCGAGGCACAGAUCUGUGAUAUUAGUCCCGAGGCAAAGGAGGAAAUUAGCAAAUUUCGAUUCCGUCGCAACGCAACGAACACGGCGCUGAUAUUGAAAAUCGAUCGCGAGAAGCAACUGGUUACCGUGGACGAAUUGCUGGAUGAUGUGGCGAUCGAGGAGCUGCAGGAACAGCUUCCAAGUCAUCAGCCGCGCUACAUCAUCUAUAGCUACAAGAUGGUGCACGAUGACUCGCGGAUAUCGUACCCGAUGUGCUUCAUAUUCUACACGCCCCGGGACAGCCAGAUGGAACUGUGCAUGCUGUACGCGAAGACACGCAUGGCGCUUCAGCGUGAGGCCGAUCUGACGCGCUACUACGAAAUUCGCGAACUUGACGAUAUGACCGAGGAGUGGCUGCGCGAAAAACUACGAUAAGAACAUAAAAACAUAUUAACAAGCUUUUUGCCAACCCAGACCUAACACACAAACACACACGAUGAUAGAACCCAGUAGCGAAAUGAUAAGAGAUUUGCCAAAAAAAAAAACUCGAGAAAAAAAGUACUGCUAACUCGAUGCUAUAUCGCUCGGAAUAACAGGCAAACGAUGGAAAUGGAUCGCCUUCCAUUUUACUUUUCUAAAGUAUACAUCAUAGGCUUCAUAGUGACGUAUACUUCUAUCCAUUAUCCAACUAGAAAAAAAAUCUUGUGAAAGUAGAUUGAAUACCUCGUGCGUAGAAAGCUUAUUAGAAGACCUUCACAGAAACUAGAAAUUCAGGGAAAAUAAAUUAAGCGAUUCAGUCCCAAUCACUAUCUUUCCGGUCCUUUCAGAAACCAAAGUGGUACAGGGAACGGAUGGACCACUGAUAAGGCUUAUACAGACAAAUUGCAGGAAUAUUUCCAGAUAGAUAAUCGUCUCGACAACGAUAUUAUAUCGCGCGUGAUAGAAGCUAAUAGCUACUAAUCGUAUUAUCGGAUAUUUUUGUAGAACUAUAUACACACAUACGGUACCCUCUAUUCUAUGUGUAGGACCUACGAAGCGAUAUAUUGUAAGCAUUUACGUGACUCUAGCUUUUAAGCAUGUUUUGUAUUUUUCCAUGGCGCAAGCGAAAGACAAGCAGUACAUCGUAUGACGUACAAUGGUA